AAUCACUCUGCGCCAUUGUAACGUCAUUACUAAAUUUCUAAAUCGAAAGGGGACAUAAGUGUGCAGCGAACUACUUCGAGUAUGUCGAGUGUGAGUUCGGCACGCGUGCAACCACCAACGAUUCCUUACUGAUCACCCUGUCCGAUUUCUGACUCCUUGAAUUCGUAAUAACGCCAGGUACCAUUACGUGAUGCUACUAUGUAAUAAAAGUCGAGAAAGAGCGAAAGAGAGACAAGCUGGGCCAUUGUGGAUUUACUAGAAAGUGCAGAAGAGUAACGAGCCAUUGGCAACCGAAGAACAGGCAUAAUGGCAAUGGCUGUCGAGAAAAAUUCACCGUCCACGGUGGAAAAUAAAAAUAAAAGUUCACCUAUCCAGCAGGAGAAUUCCGCCAGUGAACAACAACAACAACAACAAAUUGCUUUAGGAGACUCUACUAGCGAAACACCAACUAAUUCAUCUCGUCGUUCGACUAUGAAAGUAACGAAUAAAAAGCCUCUCAAUUCGAUAACAAUGGCGAAGCAAGCACGCGAUCUCGAGAAUCAAUACUACGUAAAAAAGAAGCGUUUCGUGUUGCUUAAGAGACAGCUCGUGCAGAAACAAAAAACUACUCAAGAUUUAUACGAGGAUAUAUCGCAGUUGCGUGACAAGAUGAUACUCAAUGGUGCGAAAGAUCCUGGCAAAUUGGAGGAACUUAAGAUCAUAGAAAUCGACUCGUCGAAAAUUCCUACAACCGAGCCAAAGGUUCAACAAAUUGUUUCUAAUGAGCAACAAACAAAGAUUAACAAGGUGAAUACUCCUAGCGUCAAUAAUGAUCUUAACAUGGACAGCGAAUUCAUAAUAACUCUGAACAACAAGUUGAAAGAAAUAUCAAAGAGAUAUCAAGAACUGUGCGAAGAAGCAUUGAGAAAACAUACGUUUAUAAUCGUAUCUUUGGAGAAAAGUUUAGAAGAAAAUACCGAGGAGUCCAAAAAAGAUAGCGAUCCAGAAAUUUUAACGCGUUUAGAGUCUUAUCGAGGCGACAAUACGUCUCUGAAGACACGUUUGGAAGAAAUGAAGUCUUUGCAAUUGGAAGCUAUUACGGAACUCGUGAAGGACACUUGCAAUCUCUACAACGAAUACGAUAUUUCUCGUACGCGUAUGAAGGAACUUAACAACAUGUUGGACGAUCAGAAAGAUAUCCGGGAACAAUUGUCCACACUUUCGGAAGAACUUCAGACUGAACGAGAGAAGCAUAAUGCGACGAAGGAACGUCGUACACAGAACGAAGGCCAAUUGCAAAGGGCUCGCACGAAGAUCCGCGAUCUGGAGAACAAAAUAGCCUGCGACGAGACGAAGAUACAACAGCUGCAGACCCAGAACAAGUCUUUCGAGAGUCAACUGAAAGUAAAGGAACAGGCGAUGGAGCAGCGUUUGAAGGAUAUGCAGAAAACGAUAAGGAACAGCGAGAACCUCGUUUCGAAAAUGGAAAAACAGCGGGACAGCUUCGAAGCACGGCUGAUGGAACUGAAGGAAACGAUGAACAGUAAGGAAACCACUGCGGAGAAUAUCACGAGAAACAUGAACGACCAGAUGGAUGCCAUGAUUGUCGAAUUGAAUCUGGAGAAGGAAAAGAGGGAGACUGCAGAAAAGGAGCUGUCCGUGAUGCAGGAACGUUACAAGGAAUUAGAAGCAACGAGUCAAGAAAUGUGUAAACUCUUGGAACAGAGUAAAAAUUUUGCGAUAACGGAUGGCAGUCAUACGGAAAACGAGAUUCGUCUGUUCAACGACCUAAAACUAGCACGAGAAGAACUGGAAGAACAGAAAGGAACGAUAUUAAAGCUACAACAGGAGAAAGAAGAAAUCACUGCGGUGAUGCAUCAGGCGGCUAAUAACUCGGAGGAUGAAUCUAAGGAUAAACUGGCUGCAGAACUUAUGAUCAAAUCUAAGGAAAUUCGUGACAUCACGAUGAAGCGUAAUCACUUCCAACAAAUAACAGAAAAUCUCCAAAAACGAAACAAGUUAUUGGAGGGACAAAUGCAGGACAUCCAAAAUCGUUUACAAGUUCAAAUAAAAGAGGGUGGGAAAGCUGCAGUGAACGCUCACGUUAUUGAACUUCAGCAACAGAUAUCCGAUCUUCGUAAUAGUUUAGCGGAGACAACAGCACAUACUGCGGAGUUGGAAACGGCUCUUACACAGAAGCAACUUGAACUCGAACAACGUGAUCGCAUAAUGCGCGAACAAAGUAAAUUCCUCAAAGUUCGAGACGAGUUAUUGAGUCUUUUGAAAGGAAAAGUAGGGCACACAGAUAGAGAUACUUCGAACGACGACGACGAACAUCGUAAAGACAUAGACGAAAUCAACAAGCAAAUCGUUGCGAAGACAGAGGCUAUACAAGAACUGUACGCGACUUUGGAGAACAAACAGAUGCAAGUACUGCGCUUGGAGAAAAUCGUGAAACAAAUGGAGGAUCAUCAGGAUCAUGCUCAGGCUCAACGCACACGUUUGGAGAAUCGUAUCGCUCAGCUGGAACUGGCUCUACAGGAGAAAAACAAGGAUCAGCGGAGUAGAGGGUUUGGCAUCCUGUAAGAAACAUUCUUGUCGUCGCCAUUACUUGCUCUCUGUAGAAUUAAAAUUUUGGAAGAAUUAAAAAUACAUAUAUCAUUUGAUAUCAUUUAAGAAAUUGUAUGCAAUUGUACGAAU